AACUACUUUACUACUUUACAGCAACUACGAUCUACUGUCGUAAAUUGCAUUUGGCAUCCCCAUGCUAUGGAUACAAGCUUGCUGACAGAAAUAUGUGUCUACACGUGGGGAACCAACAGCUAUUGGCAGUUAGGACAGGGCCAUGUUGAAGACCUGUCAGUGCCCAGGCUCGCUGAUGGAGCCCUACAGAUGGGGACGGUGCGCCAACUCAGUGGAGGUGGUGGGCAUUCGGCUGUGGUCUCUGAGAAAGGAGAGCUGCUGGUGUGUGGCCAGAACCACAGAGGUCAGCUGGGACUGGGUCACUGUUUAGAGGUCACCACCUUUCAACUCUGUCCUCUCAUUGGUCAGAGGGUUGCACACGUGUCCUGUGGUUGGGAUUUCACACUCGUCCUCACUGAUCAUGGCCAGGUACUGACGUGUGGAUCUAAUGCAUACGGCCAGUUAGGUGUCUCCGAGCCAAUCCCUCAUUCUGUGGUGCUGCUGCCCAUUCAGUCUGUAAGGGAGCCAGUGAUCAGAGUGGCAGCAGGACUCAGACAUUCACUAACUGUCACUGCCACAGGUAGUGUUUACCAGUGGGGUAUGGGUCUCUCUGGCCAGGCUAAGAGAGCUCUGAGUCCACAGCCUGUCCCAAAACACUUCACCUCCAAGGUACCUUGUCUGGUCCCAGGUCUGGAACAGGUGAUUUCACACAGUGUUGCUGCAGGCUCCGCCCACUCUGUGAGCCUUACUGCUGAGGGAGAUGUGUUCCUGUGGGGCAGUAAUAAGCACGGCCAGCUGACCAGUAGCAGUACAGACUCCUUCCUACCCAGACCUGUCCUCCUAGACCGCUCACCACUGGGUGGAGAGAAGGUUACCCACGUUCACAGUGGCUGGACACACCUGGUGGCCCAAACAGAGAGCGGCCGUGUCUUCACUUGGGGCAGAGGCAAUUAUGGACAGCUGGGGAGGACAGAACUGACCAAUCAGAGUGCAGAUCAGCAGUCAAGUAGUGCAUUGAGAGGAGCUGCCAGCCAAUGGACAUGUGUCCCUGCAGAAGUCAAGAUCCUCUGUGGAGCCUCACAGAUUGCCUGUGGAUCUGAACAUAACCUUGCCAUCGUAGGGGGUCGCCUGCUCUCUUGGGGGUGGAACGAACAUGGGAUGUGCGGGGACGGUUCCGAGACAGAUGUCAGCGAACCACAGCCCAUUCCUGCCCUCCGGCCUCUUGUGAUUGGCUGUGGCGCUGGCCACUCUAUGGCACUGUGUGCUGUGAGGACAGGUGAAGAGGAGUCUACAGAGGACAUGGAGAUAGAACAAGCUACACUAUAGUUUGAAACUAGCAUGUCUGAGCUAAGUUAUCAGGACUGUACCUGGGUAAGAUCGCGGACCGCUAGUGCCGCUGAUAUGAAGCCAAUGUCUAUUGUUUUAUCUCUAUGGCAGAGGACACCCGGCUCACUGUGGGGCGUGAGAGUAACAUGAUAGGGUAUGAAUCAUGAUCACCCAGUCUAUGGGGAAUGAGCCUCAGGGGAAAAUCUGGGAGGAGGACAUUCUGAACGUUGUAAAGUAUGUGGGUGUGUCUGUCUGAGCAAAAUAGCCAAACCCCGUUAUGAUUGCUUUGUUGUUGGCCAAAGUGAGGCACGUGUAAGUUCAGUAUGACCGGUACAUUCUAACUGCCUUCGUAAUGUAUUUUUAUUUCCAUCUAUGACACAUUGCCCUUUUUUGAUCCAAGAGGCCGUACUCACAAAGCCUGUCAGAGUAGGAGGGGCUGAUCUAGGAUCAAUUCUAAUCAAUUCAGAAUGUAAACCCCAUUUCCAAAUGUUCCUAACUGAAAAGCAUUGAAUUGAAUUGAAAUUUCAAUGUACAUCCUGAAUUGACUGGAAUUAAAAAUUGGAAUUGACCCUAAACCUA